UUUUUUUUUUUGUUAUCAAGAAAUGACGGAAGCUGGGUUUAUCAAUAGAAAAAUGAUAAGAGAACAAGAUAAGCCCUUUCUUUUCCAUUCUCCAUGAACACAAAAGCAGCCAUUGUUUCAAAUGCCUCUAUUUCAUCCAAAUACAGUCAGUUAAAAAUACUCAAGAUACCCAUUGAAUAUGUGUUUGUGGAUAAACAAGGCAACUUGAGAUCUAAAGCAAAGACACUCACUACCUCACCUACAUCCAUAAAUGAUAUUCCACCAUUGAUAUUGCAAGGAUCCAAAGACACAGAAUGGUUAGAAGACAGUUAUCAACCUGUAGCUAUCUAUAAUGACCCAUUUCGUCCUGAAGGAGGUAAAUUGGUCUUGUGUGAAGUGCCUAGUCGAAAACGAUGUUUGGAUAUCAUGAAUUAUUAUGCUCAUUUGGAGCCUUGGUUUGGUAUGGAACAAGAGUAUGUCUUGUUUGAUCCAAAUACCAAUAAACCAUGGGGUUGGCCAUUACAUGGUGAACCUGAAAAGCAGGGUCAUUAUUAUUGUGGUGUAGGUGCAGGCAGAGUGUUUGGUAGAGAUAUUAUGGAAGCCCAUUAUCGUGCUUGUUUAUUUGCAGGCAUUACACUAUGUGGCUGCAAUGCAGAAGUAACACCAAGUCAACUUGAAUAUCAAGUAGGACCUUGUUUAGGUGUGACGAUUGGUGAUGAACUCUAUAUGGCAAGAUAUAUCAUGGAACGUAUUACAGAAGAAUUUGGUGUGGCUGUCUCAUUACAUCCUAAACCCAUACCAGGCGAAUGGAAUCCUACAGGGUGUCAUAUCAAUUUCUCAACCAAUGAAAUGAGAGCAAGUCCAGAUGGUAUGUUGGCGAUUGAUCAAGCAGUAGAGAACAUGAGUUCAAGACAUUUUGAACAUAUUGAGGUCUAUGGACAAGACAAUGAACUCAGACUCACAGGUGAAUAUGAAACAGGCCAUAUCUCUGUAUUUUCAUGUGGUGUGGGUAACCGUGGUGCUUCUAUACGUAUCCCACGCUCAGUAGCUGUAGAAGGCAAGGGAUAUAUGGAAGACAGAAGGCCUGCAGGCAAUAUAGAUCCUUAUGCAGCCAUUACAAUGAUCAUGACUUCUUCUUUUAAUUAUAAAUCACCUCAUGAACAAACAUUUUUAUUUUUACCAGAACAAGAAUAGUAAAUAAAAUG